CGGCAAAAAAGAUUUCGCGCGAAAACCGACCAACGGCUUGUUUGGAUGGGGAUCAGCUGGAACAAUAACAACAAAAACGGCCGAUAACGGGGCAGCGAGGGGACUUUUACAGAUGGGCCGCGCCCAGUGGUGAGCGACCCAAGGACCCUAGGCUGCUGGGGGGAAGAAUCGGCGUGGAUUGCUGUUGUUUUAUUUCGCUUUAUUUUGCAUGUUUUGUCGGAGUGCUUCCUGCGUGCCCCAGCAAAACGAGGGGACUGAAGAUCUGCGGCUAAAGCUAACAUGCUAACUUACCCUAUAUCUCUAUACGCAACCUAAUUACCGUACUCUCCUCCGGACAGACGCCUAGUUUCGCAAAUAUACCGUCAGAGAGGAUUUUGGCUCGCGGUGAUGCGCUUUGGUUUGUAGAUAUUUCAUGUUGAGAAGCUAACUUCUGUGGGUUGCUCUAAAGUUUUCGUUGCUAAAAAGAAAAAAAAAACGAGAUCUGCCUUCUAGGUAAAAUAAGACGAUGUCGCUCUAAGGGGGUUCAGAGCUAGCUUGAGUGCUGGCCGGCUCGUUUAGUGAACUUGUGGGAGUCUUUGUUGUGGAGCCAUAAGUUAGCUUGCUAGCAGGGCAGGAGAGUGGCCAGGCCGCGGCCGAACUGCUGACAGGAGGCUCGGAAACAAAAGAUCGGCUUGUCCCUGUGCAAGCCCCGUUCGUCUCCAGCCUUUGUUACCUCCACUUUACCAUUUAAUAAAACAUUUUUUAAGAACAUUUUCUGCCUCUCCGGCUGUAGGCGUGGGAAGGAUUAUGCAUUUGACCCACGAUUUUCAGUUUGCCUGUUUUCCUGUUUGGCAGAACAUCCUGUGUGUUGUUUUUGUUUUUGUUUUUGUUUUUGUUGUGUUUUGUUUCACCUCUGAUCUAAAUUAGAUUUAGCAAGUCAGCAGUUAUAACUUAGCUUGUAGUGAUAAAGGCAACAACUGAACGGCAAACAAUAGAGGAGCUCUGGAGGAAAUGAUCCAGCUGUCGUUGAACUCCUUCAAACACACCCUGUCGAAAUAUCGCUUUGGCACCAUUACGUUCACCGCAAAUGCCAGUAGGUGCUGAUCCUCUUUCAAACUACAGCGUUGCAGUGUCUGACCCCCUCAGCACAUCCGGAGUCGAUUUGAGGAGACCAUGUCAGACGCUCUCAUAACGGGACAGACGUCGGAGGAUUUGCUGGCAGAUUUCGAGACGUUGCUGAACUCUGGGGGUAUUGACUUGGGCGCGGAUCAUCAGAUCGUGAUCAUCACCAGCCCCAGCGGCGAGGGACUCCACCCAGCCGCCGUCCCGUCCAGCACGGGGGAGAUCCUGCUCUUCGCCACGCCGCAGGGCCCCGCCGACGUGGGGGCCCAGGACAGGAGGCGGCCGGUCCUGGGGAGACCUCCGGUAAAGAGGAAGUUGGACUUGGACAGUGACCAUCAGUAUGUCAGCACUGCGCGACCAACCACAGGCCAAGUCCCGCCCUCCACACCUGCUCCUCCUAGAGUCCCUAGAAACACGACGGAGAAGUCACGAUACGACACGUCCCUAAACCUGACCACCAAGCGCUUUCUCAACCUGCUGUCGCAGUCGGCCGACGGCGUGGUGGACCUGAACUGGGCCUCCCAGGUGCUGGAUGUCCAGAAGAGGCGCAUUUAUGAUAUCACCAACGUCCUGGAGGGAAUCCAGCUCAUCUCCAAGAAGUCCAAGAACAACAUCCAGUGGCUCGGCAACCGAAUCGACGCCAGCCUGGUUUCGCGGCACGAGGAGCUGCAGCGGGAGGUGUGUGACCUGACGGAGGCCGAGGAGCAGCUGGACGACCUCAUCUCUAAAUGCACCCUGCAGCUCCGGCUGCUCACGGAGGACCCACAGAACAAGAAGCUGGGUUACGUGCGCUGUCAGGACCUAAGGCAGUCGUUCGACUCCCCCGACCAGCUGGUCAUGGUGGUCCGAGCUCCUCCUGAGACCCAGAUGCAAGUCACGGAGUCGACUGAGGGCUACCACGUGUCGCUCAAGAGCACCCAGGGUCCAAUAGACGUCUUCCUCUGUCCGGAGGACAGCUCGGGCGUGUGCAGCCCCGUGACGAGGGGAAGCCCCUCGCAAAGCAACGCCGACCCCUCCCGCGCCACGCCCCCCGCGCAACCCGCCGAGCAGCCGCGGGCCCGGACCGGCACGCCGGCCCUGGAUGUGGGCCUGUCGUCCCCGGCGUCCACCGCAUCCACGGCAACAGCGGCCUCCCAGCAGGAGGCGUCGCCGCUGGUGUUGGGUGGGGACUCAGAAUCGCUCCUGGGGGGAGACCCGUUCUCCAGCCUGGGGGACAUCGCCGACUUUAAUCUGUCGCCCCUCUCGUCCCCGGACCUUCUGCACGGUGAAGGCCUUCCCUUCCCGCUGGACAGCUUCAUCAACGUCUCGCCUCCCCAGAGCCACGACUACCACUUUGGACUGGAGGAACACGAAGGAAUCAGCGAACUGUUCGACUGUGACUUUGGCGACUUGACAAAUGUUUUGGGAGACGGGUAGACGUGGGGAUGAAGGAGAGGAGAGGAGGUGCACAAACCUAAAUCAUUCUCAACGUAGGUCUUUACCUUUCCUCUGAAGGAGAGCUGUGAACCAACAUUUCACGGCUCAAUCUUGAUGUUUUUUUUUUUUUUAUUUUGCCGCGGGUUCUAGGAAGUCGUGGAGUACUCCAAGCCCGGUUACAAAAAAAAUCUCCAAAUUGCCCUUAAUUGUACAUAACAAUUUGAGCACUUCUCUGUGACUAUUGCUUUUACAUCUUAGACCAAGAUUUCAGCUUUAGUAUAGCUAUUUAAAUUAUUUAUAUAUAAGUUUAUUUUGAUAUUUUGUACCAAGUUGUGGGUUUUGCAUGUUGUCGUGUUAUCCAAGUAGACGGUGUUGGCUUUGAGGUGUGCAUGUGUGUGGCAGCAGCAUCACGUUCAGGACUGGUUUCCCCCAGCACUGAUUCGAAAGCGUCCUGGAGGCGUCUCGGAGUUUCUCUCCCAACGAGAAGCUUUGAGCUUUCUCCGCCUAGCAGAAACUCACGCGGUACUUGCAGCACCGGAGGUUUCUCCGAAGCACUGGAAUCCUGAAAAACUGAAUUAUGUCCUGUCCAUGCUGCGAUUUCUGGAAGCCGAGGCCUCAAAAGCCUUUUUUUCUCCAUCACUUAGUGGAAGUACCCUUCUUUGAUUACCCACUAGGACGAGUCGGCCUCCUUUACGGCAACCGCCUGACUGCCGUCUUUUGAGUUUCAGUGAAAUUCAAUCAGGACUUCGUUCUAGGAGAAACAAGCUCUGGUCUAUGGUUCGUCGGUGUGUGGGGAAACCAAGGGAUUACUGAUGAAGACUAAUUUAUUAGCACCUCUGGGAGAAAAAUGUGUAGAAAUCCCUAAAAUAAAUUAAUCUUUUAUUCAUGCAGCAUAAUCUCCAACUGAACAGUGUAGAAAGAACAAUCCUUUAAUUUGUGUACAUUUAUUCAGUGAGGGGCGGGGGUAAUUGGGAUAAAAAAUAGGGGGUAAGGGGAAAAAAAAUAGUUUAAAUUGCUCAAACGUAUCCUAUUAGUCUCUGAGGCUCUCUUCACUUCAGCUCAGCCUGCAGGUUUUCUAAAGGAUGUCUGGCCAUAGAAACGUUUUUGUUUCAGGGGAACCAUUCCUGUGUGGAUUUGUCCAAAGGUUCGGUGUCAUCAUCCUUAAAAGCCCAGAUUGCAACUCAUUUUCAGUUUACUAAGGAGAGUCCACCAGAUUUCCUCUGACUUAAAACUGGACAGACAUUUUCAAGAUUUCCCUCUCUCUUAACAAGGUCCCCAUUGUCUUUUGGAAGAGGAACAGGCCCACAGUGUCACAGAUCCCCCAUCGUACUUAACAGUGAGCGUGGGAUGUUUUCCCUUCAGAUAAUACGCUGGUACAGACUCUCAGCCAUACAGGACAUGGCAACCCCAAGUGCUUACCGUAAAGCGCACUGGAUUAUAAAGGGGAUUAAAUAUUCUUCCCAAGUGUGUGAUAUCACUCCGCCCCUCCGCGUACACAGCUCUUUCAGAAAGGGAGAGCAAUCCGUCUGUCGGGAAGAGUGAGUAGUUGGACUACACUGCCCUGUUUUCUGACAUAAGACCAAAAGAAACUUAACUUUUAUACUGAAUUAACUUACUAGGUUUAUUGUUGCUAGCGCAUACUCCGGGCGCUGGCUGCCUAAAGGCUCCCACAUAUCCUGGUGUACUGUGCAAAUACUGUGAACUUGGCGAACUCUGCGCUGACUCUCCCCAGACGUUUUAAUGCUUCAGUCGAUUGUAGUGUUGCCCAUAUUUCUUGUAGGCAAAUUCCUACAACUCCCACACUUUCUGCCAGUGGGGCAAAGCGGCAGAACGGAUGGUUGAUUAGCUAGCUGGGUACCUAGAGCCGUUUUCUUUCACAGCAGGCUCCCACCUGUCAGUGAGAACAGAGAGGGACUGUGAUGCUGCAUGUCCUCAGUGUAUCAAGCUCUUUGGCACAUUAUAAAACAGUUUGAUGUAAAGACUUCUGGCCUCUGAGGAGUUUAUAGUGUGACACGUACAUGUAUACGCGGAGUCCGUGCAGAGUACGCCUUGAGUACGCACGGCGUUAAGUACGCCCUAGUAUGUGGAGGACUUUACAUGAAUGCACU